CUGCACCUCGUUGAGCAACACCUUCCGUACAUCGCAAUGGAGCCGCCAGCAUCUUCAUCCCUUGUGUUCCAGACGAGUCGAUCGGGGUUGGAAAUAAAGCCCGUCCAUCGAUCGCCACAAGCCUGCCUUUACUGCAGAUCUAGGAAGGUUCGAUGCGAUGUGUCUAAGAACGGAAAGCCAUGCAUGAACUGCAAUCUAGACGAGCAGGAAUGUGUUGUCACGAAGAGAGCGUCACGCAGAGUGAGGUUGUUAAGUGGACAUAGCAGAUUCCAGGCAUGUCCCCAACCGAAUAGGCCGAGACGCAAACCCACCCGAGCCCCAGAGCCAAGUAUCGAGACGAUUACCGACCUUGACACCCAGCCUGAGGAACACGAUUCCUGUACUCGCUCCGACCACAACAGCCCAAGUCCCAUCAUUCUCGCAGACCAAGAUGACACUACGACGGAAGGAAAUAUCGGCGCUGAAUCGUCGGGAACACCACGUGGUUCAUCUGAGGCGACACCUGUGGUUGAUCGUACUGCCACCGACAUGCUCUCUUCCUUUUUCGUCAAACUAAGCUCCGAUAAUCGUCUCGAGCCAUCGAACACGGUUGUGUACUGCUCAUACCCCUUCAUGGCAGUCAGCAACAUGUUCUACGUGCCUGCGCGAGAUGUUCGAUUUCUUGAUGCAGAGGAAUGUUUUCGCCUUCCUACACGAUCAAUCUUGAACCAAGCUGUUCGGCAAUAUUUUCUGCACGUGCAUCCAAUGUUGCCGAUGCUGAGCGAGGGAGACUUCUGGGAAGCGUAUUACAGCCCAACGCCGGAUGAAUCUAACAAGACAUGUCUCCUGCUGAUGCAGGCGAUGCUUUUCGCGUCUUGCAAUUUCUUGUCAUUGGAUUCUCUCAAAGAAUUGGGCUACAGUAAUGUUCGGAGCGCGAGGGCCUCGUUUUAUAGAAAGGCCAAACUUUUUUACGACUUUGGCAUAGAGCCAUGCCAUCUAAAAACCGCCCAAGCCGCACUGUUACUCACGUUUUGGACGCCUCCUAUGAAAGCAGACUCGAAACCCAACACUUCUUGGCUAAUGAUUGCAAUCGAAAACGCAAGGGCGGUCAAGGCGGACUACCACUCAGACGUAUCGAACUUUCCCCCGCAAAAGACUGACGACCGUGAUGUCCUACGACGACUCUGGUGGUGUUGCAUUAUGAGAGAUCGGAUUUUGCCACUGGGAUUGCGACGCAGCAUAACAAUAACCCCGGCUCAUUUUGACUUUGACAAAAAUUUAGAGCUUGGGGCUGCGGAGAUUCAGGCCGAAUUACUGCGCUCAAGCGUGUACGAUGCAGAAACGAGAACAGCGCUGGCAAGGGUGACGAAGCGGCUUCUGAGAUUUUCCGUCCUAUUGACUGACAUUCUGCUUCUAUUAUAUCCCGUUAAGCCUGUUGCUGAUACUGCCCGGGAAAUGCAGGCCAGCGUGACUUCUGUGAGGAAGCACAAAGAGGAUUUGCUGCAUUGGCACACCGAACGGUCGACUACGGAAACUUGCAGGGCUCCUAAUAGUGCAGACCAUUUACACUAUUAG